UUGUUUCCGUUUAGUUGCUUAUCGCUAUAUUUUUCGGUUUGGUUGUUGAAAUUUUAUGUUAUUUUAUAAUAAAGAUUACAAUUAAGAUAAUAUUUAAUAAACCAUUAAAAAAUAGUUGCUUACAAUGCUGCGAAAGUUCGGUCUGCUCCAGCAUCACAAGCUCGGUUCAGUUGCAUACCGGCGCCGGCUGCUGAGCACCUUCACCGAACGCGAUGGCAUCGGUCACAUCCAGCUGGACAACGAGAAAACCCGUAAUUCGUUGUCGCUUGAUAUGAUGGACAGCAUCCAGCAGCAUAUCGUUGCCCAUCAGGACGAUCCCACCGUGCGGUGUUUCGUGCUGUCCGCCAAAGGUCAUGUCUUUUCGGCCGGGCACAAUCUGAAAGAGCUGACGCCCGAACGGGGACCGGAUUUCCACAGGCAAGUGUUCGCCAAAUGCUCCGAAUUGAUCGGGGUCAUCCUCAGGGCUCCCGUUCCGGUGAUUGCCAGGGUGGAUGGUUUGGCUGCGGCCGCCGGAUGCCAGCUGGUGGCUUCCUGCGAUAUGGUCGUUUGCAGCGAUAGCAGUACUUUUUCCACUCCCGGCGCCAGUUUUGGGAUUUUCUGCUCGACGCCGGGAAUCGCCGUAGCCAGGGCCGUUCCUCGCAUGAAAGCUUCCUACAUGCUCUUCACGGGGCUUCCCAUCAGCGCUCAGGAAGCGCUGGAAUCCGGGCUGGUCAGCAAGGUGGUCCCAUCGGAUCGGUUAGACCAGGAAGUGGAAACCAUUUGCGAUGCGAUUAAGGGGAAAAGUCGGGCCGUGAUUGCGCUGGGAAAGAAGUUUUUCUACGAGCAGAUCGCAAUGGAUGUGAACAGUGCCUACCGGAAGGGAGAGCAAGUCAUGGCCGACAAUCUGGGGACGGUUGACGGCCAGGAAGGGAUUCUGAGCUUUGUGGAAAAACGCAAGCCGGUUUGGAGACAUCACUGAGUAUCGAUCGGUAAGUAGAACUGUUUUGAUCAAUUGCAUUUAUUUUUGAUGUUUAUAUUUGCCAUUUAAUCGAGUUUAUUUACAUAUAAAAAUGUAUCUAUUAUAAAUA